GAAAACAAACGAGAGACCGGGGGUGGGGAAAGGAAGGCGGGCGAGGAGGAAGGAGCGCCGGGGCGCGGAAGGGAGCAGCCGGGCGGUGGAAUCGCGAGCGGGAGGCCGGCCGCGGUCCCCACUUUGCCGCCGCCUCCGGGGCUCGCCCGGGGAUGUCUCAAGGCCCCCAAGCACUACGCGGCGGCCGCCGUCCCGGCCUCUGAGGGCCGCCACGUCCCGGCAGCGCGCGCGGGCUGAGGGCUGCUCUGUGCCGGCUGGGGGCGCCCGGGGAGGGGCCCGGGCGGGCCUGGAGGGGCUGCCCAGGCCCCGCGUUUCCCCCUUCACCGCGGCCGGCGCCGGGCCAAGAGGAUGCGCGGCGCCGGGCUCUGAAGCAUGGAGGGAGUUCUGUACAAGUGGACUAACUAUCUCACCGGUUGGCAGCCUCGUUGGUUUGUUUUAGAUAAUGGAAUCCUGUCCUACUAUGAUUCACAAGAUGAUGUUUGCAAAGGGAGCAAAGGAAGUAUAAAGAUGGCAGUUUGUGAAAUUAAAGUCCAUUCAGCAGACAACACAAGAAUGGAAUUAAUCAUUCCAGGAGAGCAGCAUUUCUACAUGAAGGCAGUGAAUGCAGCUGAAAGACAAAGGUGGCUGGUUGCUCUGGGGAGCUCCAAAGCCUGUUUGUCUGAUACUAGGACUAAAAAAGAAAAAGAAAUAAGUGAAACCAGUGAAUCUCUGAAAACCAAAAUGUCUGAGCUUCGCCUCUACUGUGACCUCCUAAUGAAGCAAGUUCAUACGAUCCAAGAAUUUGUUCACCAUGAUGAGAAUCAUUCAUCUCCCAGCAUAGAGAACAUGAAUGAAGCCUCUUCUCUACUUAGUGCCACGUGUAAUACAUUCAUCACAACGCUUGAGGAAUGUGUGAAGAUAGCAAAUGCCAAGUUUAAACCUGAGAUGUUUCAGCUGUGCCAUCCGGAUCCCUUAGUUUCUCCUGUGUCACCUUCUCCUGUUCAAAUGAUGAAGCGUUCUGUCAGCCACCCUGGUUCUUGCAGUUCAGAGAGGAGUAGCCACUCUAUAAAAGAAACAGUGUCUACACUUCACCGACUUUCCCAGCGGCGCCGAAGAACCUACUCAGAUACAGACUCUUGUAAUGAUGUUCCUCUCGAAGACCCAGAUAGACCUGUUCACUGUUCCAGAAAUACACUUAAUGGAGAUUUGGCAUCAGCAAGCAUUCCUGAAGAAAGCAGACUUAUGGCCAAAAAAAAAUCUGAAUCGGAAGAUCCUCUUCCAUCCUUCUCUUCCUGAGGAAACGGAAGUGUCCAACUUCCUCUAAGUAUUGCUAUGCAAAAGCUGCUGUAAUUAAACUAUGUUAUAGGGAGUAAUUUUUCCCUUAGGAUUUCUCUGCACUUUAUAGGAUAUUGUAAAACAAACAAACAAAAAACACCCCACAUACCUUUGAAGUGUAUUUUAUCUUUAUAUAGUUUAUUUGCAAGAGUAUUUUCCUAAUAACUUCACAGUAUGAAUAUGCAUUUUUUUUUUGAACAAAUGAUGGUGUAACAUUUUGACAUCUGUAAGGACAAAUGUAGAUAUUUUUCUAAAAUACUGUGAGGGACUGACAUCUUAGUCAGUGUGUAUUGUAGCUUAUAAACAUGAAAUCUUAUAAACCUAAGGUUUCAGUUUGACAGAAGUGUGAUAUAUGUAACUUGUGCCAUGGACCAAAUGGUCACUUUACCCCAGCUGAAAGUGAGUUACAGUCGCAGCUUGAUGGUGUUUGUAUUAUAUUCCUUUAAGCAAAAAGGAAACAUUUAAUAUUCGAAAUAUUUUUACCCCAAAUACCAUGACAUUGAGGAUUUUUUAAAAACCAGAUUGUGCUGUCCUUUGUAUAUGAAGUUGACACUACUGAUUUGUCAAUACCAAAUAUUGGGUUAAAGUAUUUAAUUUUUACUUAUUUAUUUUUCUGUUGCAUCAAAAAAAAUUAUUGCAUCCUAACUUUUAUGACCUACCAAAUUUAAGAUGUGUAUACCUUGUUAUUUACAUUGUUCUAGAAAAGAGGUUAAUAUUGUAGUGACCUUGCUCACUUCCACGAGAGAAAUAAAUGACUUGCAAUGGAAGAGGAUUUUAGUGCUUUUUUCUGAAAACAGACGUAAGCUGCUGUUGUAAGGUAUUAAUGUUUGCAGCUCUUUAGAAUAUCUAGACAUUUUUUAUUUAUGAAUAUUUAUAAAAAAGGAAUCUGUCAAGGUGACUGCCCUACAUAACUUGAGAAUGGCAUUAUUUAAUUAAAGAACAAAUAGCAUUUUUUGGUAGUGCCUGUCCAUACCUGUUGUCAGUGUUUGCCUUGUAAACUGUUUUUUCAGUUCACUUUGGAGUGAUCGUUUUGUCCAAGGUUUUGGAUGAGGAGCACUUUAAAACAAACUGGUUUGGUGUUUUUAAGUUAAUCAUAUGUUUAAUAAAUAUGUGGUUUUUGCAUUCAAACUCAUCAUAUAAUACAUUGUAUUUUUUACAUUUAUUGAUAGUUUGUCUAAUCUUUAUCAAGUGGUAAUAAUAUUCUUUAUUGCUUUGAUGUUGUUUGUAUCUUAGGACCUCAUAGUAAAUACACAAAUUAGGCAUAUUUUUAGCUUUUUUGCCUGUGAGCUUAGAAUAGUGCGUCCUAUUCAUUUAAAAUUUUUCUUGUACGUUUAUGUGAGAAUUUUUUUAAAAAUUAAUAUUUGGUAUUUCCUUAUUAAAAUAAGUCUGUAGUUAUAGGCUUUCUUCCUUAAGUUUAAAAUGGACAUAAACAAUCUAUAUACAUUAAUAUACAUUUAGAUAAACUCUAUGCUACUUAAAGUAUUUGUGAUUUUAAAUAGCACACAGGUCAUUAGACUAUAUUAAGAGGAAUCUUUCUGCUCAUAUGUUAUACUUCAUAUGUCUAAUUUGAGAAAAAAGUUUGAUAAUGUAAGUUUUCAUGUUGAGUGAGUAAUCAGAUUUUUUGCUGCUUCUAUUUUUUUAUUUUUUAUUUUUUGUAGUAAGAAUGAGUGGUGAUAAGACUAUGAAGGUCAAGGUGGUACUCAUUGUGGGUGUUUUUCUGGUAGUUUUUUUUUGAACCAGUAGGUUUAUAAUGAAAACACUAUAACAAAGCUUUUGAACUCAUGGAAAAUAAAUCCAUUUUCUAUUGCUUUAUCAAAAAAUAUGAGUUCCUGAACAGUUUUCUGUAAAUAUUUUAAAAAAUAAAAUAGUUAUUUCUGGUUCAUCAGUUUUUUCUCCUUGAAACAGGUCCUUUGAACAAGUUUGCUAUAUUCCUCAGUAUGGCUUUUAUUGUGACUGGAGCCACCUUUUCUCCCUUAGGAACCAACACAUUUGUGAAAUCAUUUAUUUUUAGGGGAUAUCAAUGUAUCUUGAAUUACAUCUAGGUUUUGAUCAGUGAGUUGGUAGCAUGAAGCAACCUGUAAAGCUUCAGGGAACCUUGCAUUUUGAGGAGCCCAGUGUAUUUUCAAGUGUGCCUGACUGUUUUGAAUUUUAAGAAAAAGAUGAACCAAAUAAGAACAACUUCAUAAGAAUUUUAGUUUGUCAGGACUUUUUGUAAUGUAUAACUAUUGGUUGUUCUUGUUUUGCUUUAUCUAGGCCAUGGGGUUAUUGAGAAAUUUAGAGACUCAUAUAUCAGUGAUCUUCUAAGUAGAACUAGUACUUGCUUUACUUUUCAAGUGCCUGGUUUGUGUUGUGUGGGAAUCCAAGGCUUCUAUGAUUAAAACAACUUUGAUGAGAAUUCUUUUGUAAAUGGACCAAAUUUGAACUUUGUUAUAUUACCCUGAAUUAUUGUGUUAUCUUUAACUAGGAUAAGUCCAGAAAUGGAUGCUAUUGCUUAAGCUUAAAUUCCAAGGCAAGAGAUAAAGUAUCUUCAUUUUGACUGUCACCAUGGAACUUCACCCUGAGUUGUAGAUUUUCCAGUGUGUGUUAUUAUACUUAGUGUUUAGAAAUUAUCAUAAGAGCUCAGGAAAUGUAUCCUUGUAAUAUGGCAGUAUUUUAUUGCUGUUUAUACUGAUUCCAUACACAUUAUAGUAUCAUUAAUUUGGACUCUACCAAUUCUUCACUUUUAUUAAAGGAAGUGCCUCUGGGUCUGUCGUUUGCUCCUGCCACUUGGUGCAGAGGGAAUAUCCUGGCCUGUAAGAAAGCCUGGUUAGGCUGUGGGAGCUCCUUUGAGGAGGUUAUUUGUGA